AGUAGGUGUUUGUUUCAGAGUUUCUAUGCUGAUGAAGAACAACUUACUGCUUGUUGCGGUGAUUCUCGCUCUAGCAUCCUCAGUCGUUGAUUGUCAACCAAACGACGUUGUAGAAUGGCAGAUUCUCACAAAGCUAAACUUCUCUUCUCAGAUCCGACUUCAUCCUCACCUCCUCCUCCUAGUCACUGUUCCAUGGUCUGGUGAGUGUCGAUCACUUAUGAAAGAAGUGGAAAAUUUGGUUAGUUCUAGGAAAAAUGAGUUCGGUUUGCUCAAGUUGAUGAUUUUGUAUCGAAACUCCGAGAAGAUGCUGGCAGAUGCUAUCGGUGCUACAGAAAGCAUAACGGUUUUAUACUAUCACCAUUCUGUAUCUUACAAAUAUCGAGGAAUACUUCGAGCACAGAAUAUUUUAUCCUCUAUUUAUCCCUAUAUGUCCAUUUUACCUGAAGAACUUCCGCUCAAAUCCCUCCAUUCUCAGGAGGACUUGAAAGAGUUUCUUGAAUCAACUGAUAAAGCUCUAAUUCUGUUUGAAUUUUGUGGAUGGGCUCCUAAAUUGCUUGCCAGAAAGAAGAAUAACGGUACUGAAAGUGGAGGGGAUCACUUUGGGCGAAGCUUUGGUAUAGAUACAGAAGGAACACAAAUAUCAAGAGGGAAUGAUAACGAGAAGGUGGCUGGACACAGAAAAUGGGAAGCUGAAGUGCAGUAUCGAGUGAACAAAAGUGAUCCUUUCAAGGAGACUGAGAAUAUGACGUCUGGUGGUCAAUUGUCCUGUAACUAUACAGAGUUUCAGCGAUUUGAUUCAUUUUUCUCAAAAUUUAUUACUGUUGCCAGAGAAUUCUUCCUGCCUCCUGAAAAGCAUAGAUUUGGCCUGGUUUCAGAAAGGUCUUUACUUCAAUAUCUUGAAAUCAGAGAUUCUGAUUCAUGGUUUGCAACACUUUACUUAGCUGGUUAUCCCAGUUGUUCAAAGAUUUUCAAAGAGGAGAAUGACCUUAAGAGUAUUCUACAGAUGAAUAAUGAAAUUGUUGCAGAGUUAGAUGGUGAUGGGCAGGAUCUUGACAUUGUUUUACCCGCAAAUAAGCCAUCAAUUCUUCUGUUUGUGGAUAGAUUGUCUGACUCCUCAGAAACUAGUAGAAAGAGUAAGGAAGCUUUGCAUACUUUUAGAGAACUGGCGUUGCACUAUAUGAUUCCUUACCAAACUGGCUGGCAGAAACAGCCAGGGGAACCUCCUGUUCGAUCUAAUCAAGCUUUGGGUAGUACAUCUGGACAUCCUGUCUUAAAGCUAUCUCCAAAAGCUCAGAAGAUUAGUUUAAAGGAUAAGAUGUCCAUCAUGAUUAUAGAUGAGGGUAAACCUGUCACUUUAGAUAACAUAGCUCCAGAUUUGCAAGGGAAUUCCUUGCACGAGAUCUUGGAGUACCUUAUUCAAAAAAAGAAGCAAGCAAAAUUUAGCUCACUUGCAAAAGAGGCAGGCUUCCAUCUUUUAUCUGAUGAUUUUGAUGUCAAAAUAGCUGAUGCAUUAUCAUCAUUAACAACAGCAUCAGGGGAAGGCCUUACUACAGUAGUUGAUGGUCCAGACAAAGAUCAGUUAACACAAGGCACUAGUAUAUCUGCCGUGGAACGUGAAGAAAACUCCAAAGGCACAGAUGUUGUAGAUGAUGAAGGAAAAACUACUUCUUUUGAUACAAAAGAACAGUUGAUAUCUGAAGAACCUGACCAACAUCUUCCAGGUCAUUAUUUGACUAGUGAUAAAGAUGUCAAGGUUGAAGAAAAAAGCUCUUCACAGGUAUACAAGUUGGCGGAAUCACCUUACUUUCAAAGUUUCAGGGGUUCCUUUUUCUUUUGUGAUGGUAACUAUAGAUUUCUUAGAGCUUUGACUGGUGGGUCAACUAUUCCAUCAUUGGUAAUAGUUGAUCCCUCACUACAGCAACAUUAUGUCUUCCCCAAAGAGACAAGUUUCAGCUAUUCUUCACUAGAUGGUUUUCUUCAUGGAUUUCUCAAUGGCAGUCUUCUUCCAUAUAGAUGCUCUGAGUCUAUUAUUCAAAGCUCUAGGGAGGCCACUCAACCACCAUUUGUCAAUAUGGAUUUUCAUGAAGUGGACUCUAUUCCUCGAGUUACAACCCGUACUUUCUCUGAAUUGGUUCUUGGUUUAAAUCAAUCUGAGAAUGAAAAUGCUUCGCAUGCCUGCAAUGAGGAUGUCUUGGUCCUUUUUAGUGGUGGAUGGUGCGGGUUUUGCCAGAGAAUGGAGCUGGUUGUUCGUGAAGUUUACCGAGCAAUAACGGGCUACAUGAAAAUGUUGAAGAAUGGAUAUAGGAAUGGGCAAAAAGGUUUUAGCGGUGACAACUUGAAGAAUGUAAUGUUUAGGUCUCCACGGAUCUACCUAAUGGAUUGUGCAUUGAAUGAUUGCAGUUCCAUCUUAAAGUCAAUAGCUCAGAGGGAUGUUUAUCCUGCUCUGCUGUUAUUUCCUGCGGAAAGGAAAGAUGCUAUUUCUUACGAUGGAGAUAUAGCUGUAGCCGAUGUUAUCAAGUUUAUAGCUGAUCAUGGAAAUAAUUCACAUCAUCUUAUCAGUGACAAGGGUGAGAUUUUAUCAAGCAACAUCUUAUAGCACACUAUUGAUUCUUACAGUUCAAUUGAACUAGCUGCAUUGAAUUGAUAGACUUUGAUACUGCACUGAUUUGAACAAUUGAUCAUGGAAUUUCUCCACUUCUAGUAUUUGCAUUUGCUAAUGACUAUUUUGAAUAAGAUUCUUUCAUAUUGUUUGGAAUUCCAACUUUUUUCUUUGGUUGUUCAAGUUAUGUUUGCUUUCUAGAUCUAGAGAAUGUUAUUGUUUUUCCACCAUCGUAGAUAUAGGUGUUUCUCUUCUUAAAACAAAAUUCUUCCUUUGGCAUUUUAAUCAGUAGAAUUUUGCUGAUUUUUUAUCUUUAGAAUAUUAUUUUUCUUGCCAUAGUACUUUGGACGAAGUUUUCAUUUGACAUUUUAAUCAUUAGACUUUGUGAAGUUUUCCUAUUACGAGUCUGUGUCAUCAGUAUUUUCAUAUAUUUUUGGUGGAUGAUUGUUGCUGCAUAUGUUGAAUGAUGGUAAAGCAAAGUUAGAAAGCAGUAUAUGAUACAUGACA